AUGACUGCAUCAGCCAAAAGCUCCACAUCUUAUUUGUACGUUGUAAAUUUAGGGGCCGAUUUUCCAAUCGGCCCUGGAGACGAUAAGCUGCUAGAGAAUCCUCCUCACACCAAACCCCUCUUUAUUCCCCGCCCCCGCCAGUGGAUAAAGGGGGGUAAAUCAGACAAGUGGGACGGGCGCUCCCGCUCCCGCACCCGCACCCCACCCCACCGCACCCCUCGCCUGCCCGGCCAGGCCUUCCCAAGGCCGGUGACCCAUAGGUUCCCCAGGAGGACCGGGAGGAAGAAGGGAAGCGGGCGAGCCGCGGUGCUGGAGGGACGAAGUUACCUUGAAGCUUCUGGGGAAGAAUCCGAAGAUGAUCUGUGGCUUGGAGGGGCGGGAGACGGGCGAGGUGGCCGCAGCGGGGGCGGGCGGCGGGACCGGGACGUGCAGGGGGAGGUCCGGGCAGCUGCGGGGAGCCUGGGGCGACGGCUGUCCGGUACGGGGUCCCUCCGGUUCCGCGGCGGCGGAGCCUCUAGGCCUCACGGCCGGACCCGAACCUCAGCGUUCCGGUGGCGGCGGCGGCCUCACGAUCCUCCCCCGCGGGCCCGUCCCAUCAAAUCGGCACCGACCCCGUUGCGGCUCCGCCGGUGGCUCCUCGCUCACAUUCCUGGCGGGCGGCGCCUCAGCUCGUUGCCCCGGACCCGGCGGCGGCGGCGACGACGUGGGGAGGGGGGGAAGGGAGGGAGGAAGACUGGAUCUGCAGCGGCAGCAAGAGAAGGGGACAGAAUAAGGAGGAGGAGCCGCAGGAGCUGGAGCCGCCGCUGCCAGAGCCACCUUUCGCUACCCGCGGUGGGUCCCAGUCAAUGCCCCUUUCUCUCUCCUAUUGUCAAUAUCACCGGGCGGCUGAGUCCAUGGCACACGCGCAACCGAACCUUCUGGCCAGCAGCGCCCGCCUCCGGCGCCCGCCCACUGGAGACUUCAAACGGGAAGCGAGGCCUCAUUGGCCAGUAUCCGCCUUCACUCCCCUGA